CCGUGUUUUCUUUGUUUCCACAGCAGUGAGAACAGUGUGAUUCAUGCUGACACGGUUUACAGAUUUACAGAAGGAGACAUCAAGACGCGCAGUGGUUUGCUCAAUGCAAUCUUCAUUACCAGCGGCCUUCCAGACACAACAACUGCACCUCCUACGACACUCCCACCAACUUCAGCUCCCGCUGCACCAAAGAGGUCAGUGAUGGCUGGACUAAGACUGGAGUUCAACACCACAAACCAAACUCUCAGUGCAACUGCGAUAGUCAAACAAUUCACUGCCUUCCUGGCUCCUUAUACAUCUCUGGGAGUCUACACAAUCAACAUCACCAAUAUCACUUACUACAACACAACAGCGAGCUUCUUUGCUGUCAAUAUCAACUUCGUCUUCAGCAACCUGACCGUUCCAGGAGGAGCUAAUUUAACCAAUGAGACUUACAGCACAAUCCAGAACAGCAUGAAUGAGCUGCUUCUUAUAAUUCUUGGAACGCCAAACUACAAGCAAUUCACCUUCCCCCGUGUCAAUGUCAUCAGUAUGAGCAGUGUAAUUCAUGCCAAUACGGUGUACAGAUUUACAGAAGGCGACAUUGAAAUGCGCAGUAGUCUGCUGAAUGACAUUUUCAUCACCAGUGCUCAGCCAUCUCCAACUACACUGGCUCCCCUUAUAAGAAAUGGGAGGGCACUUCUGUUCAUCAGACUGGAGUUCAACACCACAAAGCCAGCUCCUUCUGAGGCGCAGGUGUUGCAAAUAGCUAAUCAAUUCAUUGUCAAUGCCUUUAAGUCACGGGAAACAUACCAAGUGACAUUUGGAAAUGUGUCCUAUGAGAGGAUGAGUGCAAAUUCAUUUGCCAUCAUUCUGGGAUUCAGUAUUGCAAACCUGCCUGUUACAGAUACCUUUCAAUUUAGAAACGAAACGUACACUGAAGUUGAAAGCGCUGUGAACUCCUUGUUGAGCAACAUCCUCGGGCAACCAAAUUCCACCCUGUUCAAGUUCCCUUCCAUCGAUUUCAGAAAUGUGAGCAGUGUGAUUCGUGCCAGUGUGGUGUAUCAAUUCAAAGAUGGAGACAUCUCAGGGCCCAGUGGUUUCCUGAAUAGUAUCCUCAUUCUCAGUGGUGACCUAACUACAACAGUAGCUCCCAGUCCCACUGUCCUCCUGACCUCAUUAACAGCCACCACAGCCAGUAAAGGGGGUUUCCCAGGCUGGGCCCUGGCUAUCAUCAUCCCCUGUGGGAUUGCAAUUAUCCUGGUUCCCCUUUGGAUCCUUUUGUGUUGUCUGCUGUGUGGCUGCUGUGCUGCUUGCAGAAGGAGAUGGCACAGAAGACGAUCAUACCAUGUGCAAUACACAACAAGAAAUGGGCUUUUCUGAGGGGUGUUCCAAAUGUGUCGCACAAAUCUGCCACAGUUACAGUACAACCAUUUUCAUCUCCAGGAAACACUGGUCAGCCUUUUCUUCCUCACUCUUCAAGCAUAACAGCUGAGAACGAAAGUCAAUCCACUGCAGGACGGAAGCACCACAUUGCCUCUUUAAAGCCAUGAAAAACUGCUUCUAGUGCUGACAAUAAGAAUGGCAGCUCCCGUAAUCGAAAAUACCAAUCUGGAAGAUGAAUUUUUGGCAAAAUUAAAAACAUGUUUUUUUGCUGCCAGACACGUAUUGGUAUAUGUUUUUCUCUGUGGACUACAGCCACUAACCACAACCAAAAACUCAGCAAGAAAAUGCUUUCAGUUUUGUUCAUCUUUCUUAAUAUUCUAAACAUAAAGCCUACACAUGACUGUUGUUCCUUCUAGGCACAAUGUUUCUCUUCUGAAAUCCAAGAUGCUUUAUUAUUACCCUUUUUCUCUGCUGAGCAGUCAGGAAAACAUCUGAGUGAAAUUGAAGGAAAUGGAGUUGAUCUCUGAACAAAAUGACCAGUGAGCUGUACUCCCUUGGAUGCUCUCAGGAAGCAGACUGAAGAUCUGAGCUGACUGUUACUCAAUUCUUCCACUUGAACUGUGCCACUUCUAAUGAGACAGGAAGUCUUUUGCAAUUUCUUAUCUAUCUUACUGCACAGCUGGUCAGUGCAGGUUAUUUAUUAUAAGCAGUAAAAGAUAUCAAAGACUUAUUAAGUUACAUACCUGUAUAUGCUUUACUUAUUGCUAGCAGUAUUGUAUUUAUUUUAUAAAGCUCUGCUGAUCACUAUCAUGAAACUGUUUGACACAGAGUAGACCAUGUGAAAGAGCAAUAUUCUCCUAAGGGAAAGAGGGUUAUAAAUUCUAAAUCAAAUUUAUUUUUAUACUAUUUAUUAAAUCAAUGUAUUUAAUGAAUGUAUAGACAAUCUUAUACUACUUAUUAUUUAUUGUUUGGUUGAUUAUUUUCUUGUUAGAUGGAUGCAGUGUACUUCAGAGUGAGGAUCUGUAUUUGCCUGAGUAUGAGUGAUAUGAAAAUAUUUAGAUCAUUAAAUGCAUGCAAAAUAUUA